AUGUUCGAACUGUCAAAGCUAAAAAUUAUACGUACGAUAGGUGUGGGCACAUUUGGCCGGGUGUAUCUCACAGAGUACAACUCAAAAUACUAUGCUUUGAAGGCGGUUAGCACAUCCACCCUCCUAAAAUUAAAGCAAAAGGAUCAUCUGAACGAAGAAAGAAAAACCCUCUACGAACUUUUUUUCUGUAAGUAUUUCGUCAAGCUAAUCUUCAGCUUCAAGACAUCCAGAUCAUAUUUUCUGGUUUUGGAGUACGUGGGCGGUGGAGAGCUUUUUUAUUGGCUGAGGAAGCGCGGACCUUUUAAAUUGAAAGAUGCUCGUUUUUACGCUGCAGAGAUUACGCUGGCACUAGAAUACCUGUUUAGCAAAAAUUUGCUUUAUAGAGACUUGAAACCAGAAAACAUCUUGCUGACAGAAAAGGGUCACAUAAAGCUGGUCGACCUAGGAUUUGCCAAGAAAUUGAACACGCUUACAUUUACGCUCUGCGGAACACCGGAAUAUAUGGCACCUGAAAAACUUAAAUCUGAAGGAUACGGUCAAUCCUCAGACCUUUGGUCGCUUGGCAUUCUUAUUUAUGAGAUGCUGAAGGGCAUGCCGCCAUUUUACAGCAAGACACCGUACCUCAUCUACCAAAAGAUCCUCACCGAAACACCUAAUUACAGCGAUAUGGAUCUGAUCGCGGUUGAUCUUACUGAACAACUCCUGGAGAAAGAUCCGAAGAAGCGACUCUCGGAUAUCGAUAAAAUCAAGAAGCAUCCGUUCUUCGGUAAAAUAUUCGAUGUUAUUGACACAAUUGAACCGCCAAUUAUUCCUAAGCUGAGUUGUGCGGGUGACAGUCAGUACUUUAUUGAAUAUAGUGAAGAGAAAGGAGAUGAUACGAUAGAAGAAAAGAAUAGAGUUAAAUUGUAUUAUAGUUUUGAAUGAAACCGUGUGCUUAAACAAAUCUUACAAGGAGUAUUGCAGAGGAGAUUUCUUACAAUUUUAAUAGAAGCGCGUUUACCCACAAUUAAAGAAUUUAUUCUGCCGA